AUGCAGGAAGUGGUGGAGAAGCUGAGUGAGAAAGGACACGAGGUGGUGGUGCUGGUUCCUGAGGUGAGCUGGCAGAUGGAGACCACGCAGGCCUACAAGGUGGUCACGUACCCGGUGAGCCAGAGCCUGGAAGAGCUGGAUAACUCCUUCCAGGAAUACCUUGCCGUGCACCUGAUGCAGAAGCCUUUCCCCCUCAAUGCCCUGGCCAUGUACAACGCCUCAGUGCAUGUUUUCAGCACCUUCUUUGGGCAGUGCAAGGACCUGUUCCACAGGCAGGAGAUUCUGAGGUUCCUCAACCAAAGCGGCUUUGAUGCCGUCCUGACGGAUCCGGCCUUCAUGUGUGGGGCCAUCCUGGCUCACCAUCUUUCUCUUCCCUUUGUCUUCUUCAUGAGGGGAUUCCCUUGCAACCUGCACUUUUCAGCCCCACAGAGCCCAAGCCCUGUGUCCUACGUCCCGAGACUCUUCAGCUUCAACUCGGACCGCAUGACUUUUUUCCAGAGGGUGGAAAAUGCCCUGAUUUCCCUCCUGGAGCUUGAUUACUGCAACAGGAUGUAUGCAGAAGCGCUUAAGCUUUCCUCUGAAGUUCUUCAGAGAGAUGUAUCCCUGAUGGACCUGGUGAACUCUGCUGCCAUUUGGAUCCUGAGGUUUGACUUUGUGUUCGACUACGUCAGGCCAGUGAUGCCCAACAUGGUCUUUGUGGGGGGGAUCAACUGUGCGAAGAAGAAACCACUGCCUAAG